AUGAGCGGUCCUCUUCCCUCCAGGCGAGUCUUUCUCUCCGACGUUGCAUCGAUCCCCGCCGACUCCAAGAUCCGAUUUCUCGGCUGUGUAAGGACCUAUUCUGUCUCUACAGGUCAUCUGAUUUUAGAACACCACUACCCCCGACGUAGACAAAAUUCCGAUCCACCGACCGUGUCAGUCGAUAUCAAUCCGGUACUGGAGACGGUCACGUCGGAAGAACUGCGCGUGGGGUCAUGGAUCAAUGUGCUUGGAUAUGUGAGGAGGUCGAUAGAUGCCAACGAGACUGUCUAUGUUGAAGCGGUCAUGGUCUUCCCAGCCGGUGCGAUUGGGCUAGGAGAGUACGAGCGAAUCUUGCACGAGUCGAUGGAGGUGCAACGGCGGGUUCGACGGCCAGAUUAA